AUGCGCGUCGCUGUGAGGUCGGCCGCGGCCGCCCGCGACGCUCCCCCGGCCUCCUUCGACGCGAUGGGCCUCCCGCAGGAGUUCCAGGACGCGCUGGCGUCCAUGACGAUCGCCACGCCCACGGAGAUCCAGGCCCGCGCCUACCCCGUCGUCCUCUCGGGCUCUGACGCCAUCAUCGCGUCGCACACGGGCUCAGGGAAGACCCUGGCCUACCUCCUGCCCAUCGUCAAGGCCAUCCGCGACGCCGAGGCGGCCGGCGCGCCCCCCGCGCGGCCCAGGCGCCCCCUCGCGAUCGUGCUCGGCCCGACGCGCGAGCUCACGGACCAGAUCUUCUCCGUCGCGCGCGCCCUUGCUGCCGGCGGCGCCGCGUUCCGCUCCGGGCUCGCGAACGCGGGGCGCCCGGUGCGCGCGCAGCGCGACACGCUCGCGCGCCCGCUCGACGUCCUCGUGGGCACGCCCUCCGCGGUCAUCAAGCGCAUGGAGGCCGGGGACCUGUUCAUUGGCGACGUGCGCUGGCUGGUGCUGGACGAGGCGGACACGAUGUUCGACAGGGGGUUCGGGCCGGAGGUGGAGCGCGUGCUGGGCCCGUGCAAGUCGAAGCCCGAGGCGGCGCAGGUGGUGCUGGUGUCGGCGACGAUGACCAAGGCGGUGCGCGGCACGGUCGAGGAGCGGCUGCCGCGGGCGCGCGAGGUGGCGACGUCGUCGCUGCACCGCGCGGUGCCCGGGUCGGUGCACGAGUUCCUCGCGGUGCCGCCGGGGGGCAACAAGAUCGCGCUGCUGUCGGACGCGCUCGGGCAGGGCGCGUCGCGCGGCGAGCGCACCAUGGUGUUCUGCAACACGCUGCAGAGCGCGCGCGCGAUCGAGCACGCGCUCGCGGAGCGCGGCCUUGCGUCCGUCAACUACCACGGCGAGCUCUCGAAGCAGCAGCGCCGCGACUCCCUCGCGGCCUUCAUGGCGGACGCCGGCGACAGCGACACCGCCGCGCUCGGCGCCGACGACGUGCCGCUGCGGCGGGCGCUCGCCGCGUCCGCGGGGGGGCCGCCCGUGAUGGUGUGCAGCGACCUCGCGGCGCGCGGGCUGGACUUCCCCGCGCGCGUGGACCACGUCGUGAACUUCGACUUUCCGCUGACGCCAGUGGACUACCUGCACCGGACGGGGCGGACGGCGCGGGCGGGGUCGCGCGGGCGGGUCACGUCGCUCGUGGCGAAGCCGGACCGCGUGCUCGCGGCGCGGAUAGAGCAGGCGCUGAAGAACGGGGACCCGUUGGAUGAGCUCUCGGCGGACAGGGCCAAGCUGCCGGCGUCGGCGCGGCCGAAGCAGGAGACGCUGGAGCGGAGGAGGCGGGAGGCGGCGGCGGCGCGGCACGCGAACCGCGGGAAGCGCGGGGCGGCGCGGGAGGAGGCGGCGGGCGGUGGGGGAGCGUGCGAGGUGGUCGUGAUUGAGAAGGAGGAGAAGAUUGGCGGGAACAGCCAAAAGGCCAGCUCCGGCAUCAACUUCGUGAACCCUGGCGCAGGCGACAGCAGGGACACGUUCAUCCAGGAUACGAUCCGGUCGGGUCAGGGAAGCUGCGACGAGGCGCUCGUCGAUGUGCUCGUGGACGGCAGUGCGCCAGCGCGGAGCUUUCUCGAGAGCAUCGGCUGCCGGUUCGACGGCGUGUCGCAGCUCGGCGGGCACAGUGUGCCGCGCACGUGGUUCAACCAAGAGGGCCCCAACGUGGGCCUGUUCCUGGUGCAGCACGCCCGCGCGGCCAUCGAACAGGACGCCCGCAUCAAGGUCCGGUGCAGCACGAAGGUGGAAUCGAUCGAAGUGCGCGACGCGAAGGUCUGUGCCGUCGUGGUAUCGAGCACCGCGGGUGACCAGCCCGCCACCGAGCGCCUGCCCACACGCGCCGUCGUCAUCGCGGGGGGGGGGUUUGGCGCCAGCGCCACCCUGCUCGAGAAGUUCGCCGGAAUCGCCGGCCUCGCGACGUCGAACGGCCCGCAGGCCACGGGCGACGCCAUCGCGCUCGCGCAGGGCGCGGGGUGCCACCUGACGCGCCUCCGCGACGUGCAGGUGCAUCCAACGGGCCUCGUGGGGCCGGACGGCCCGGGCGCAGGACAGCUCUGGCUCGGUCCUGAGCGGCUGCGCGGCGCUGGGGGCGUCCUGCUCGACCCGUACGGCCGGAGAUUCUGCGACGAGCUGGGGCGCCGCGAUGUGGUGACCAACGCCAUCAAGCGGUGCUGCCGCGCGGGGCAGGGGCCGCCGGUGGCGCGGCUGCUGCUGCCACAGGCCGCGAUCGAGAGCUUCGGCCCCGCGAAGAUCAAGUUCUACUGCAGUAAGGGCAUGAUGAAGAUGGCAGGUCCUGGGGCCAGCGACAUCGCGGAGCAGCUGGGCGUGGACCCUGGGAGCUUGGCGACGAUGGCAGCGCAGUACAACUCCGCCGUCGACGCAGCCCGGGGCGACGGCGGGGGCGCCCCGGACGUGUUCGGCAAGAAGACGUUCCCCUGCAAGAUCGACUUCGACGCGCCGUGCGCGGUGAUGAUGGUGACGCCGGUGGUCCACUACUGCAUGGGGGGGGUCUCGAUCGACGCGAGCGCGAGGGCCCUGCGCCUGGACGGGUCGCGGGCCGCGCACGGGCUGUUCGCGGCGGGGGAGGCGACCGGCGGGGUGCACGGCGCGAACCGCCUCGGGGGCAAUAGUCUGCUGGAGUGCGUGGUGUUUGGGCGCGCGGCGGGGCAGGGCGCCGGGGCCGUUGCGGCGUCGUCCGCGGCCGUCCCGGAGCCGAUUGCCGCGUCAGGAGAGACUGCGUUGACUUGA